UGUCGACACUGUGGAAUCCUCCUCUUGACAGGUGAAAAGGCUGGGUUCUGCUGUGGCGAUCGCGGUGCUCGACUUGCAGAUGUAUCUAACUUGCCGCCCUUGCCUGCGGAAUACACCACCCUCAUGCAGCAUCCACAUAUCUCAAAGCUGUCACGAAAGCUGAAUCUCGUGUUCUCUUUUGCGUCAAUGGAGACCUCCCACAAAUUCCCAAAUACACACGGUGGCAUGUUCGCAGUCCAAGGCAAGAUAUAUCACCGC